UUUUGACAGUGACAUCCGUCUAGUUUCUAAGUUUUUGUAUGUUUUGUAAUAAAAAUUUCAGCAAUAUAAUUUUAUGAGUAAGCUGUUAAUCCAAUGUUUCCUGAAAUUUUAAUAACCUAAUGAGAGAUUAACAAUUGGACAUUUUUAAACAUGCACAUUAAACAGGUUAUUAUACAAGGGUUCAAGAGUUACCGAGAACAAAUUGUUGUUGAACCCUUUGAUAAAAGACAUAAUGUGGUUGUAGGACGGAAUGGAUCCGGAAAGAGUAAUUUCUUUCAUGCUAUACAAUUUGUGCUCAGCGAUGAGUUCUCACAUCUCAGACCAGAGCAGCGACUGGCUUUGCUUCAUGAAGGCACUGGACCAAGGGUCAUAUCAGCAUUUGUUGAAAUCAUAUUUGAUAACUCCGAUCACAGAAUACCGAUUGAAAAAGAUGAAAUAUUCCUAAGAAGAGUAAUUGGAUCAAAGAAAGAUCAAUUCUUUCUAAACAAAAAAGUUGUACCCCGAUCAGAGGUUCUAAAUCUUUUAGAAAGCGCUGGAUUAUCUAAUUCAAAUCCAUAUUACAUUGUUAAGCAAGGAAAGAUCAACCAGAUGGCCAUAGCACCGGAUUCCCACAGACUGAAGCUUCUCAGAGAGGUGGCUGGGACAAGAGUUUAUGAUGAGCGCAGAGAAGAAUCCGUUACUAUUCUUAAAGAAACUGUUGGAAAGGUGGAAAAAAUCAACGAGUUUCUGCAAACAAUAGAGGAACGUUUGAAAACUCUUGAAGAGGAAAAAGAAGAGUUGAAGGAGUAUCAGAAGUGGGACAGAGCUCGGCGAGUGCUCGAAUUUAUUAUACACGACACUGAACAUCGCGAGAACAAACGGAAGCUGGAGGAGUUGGAAAAGAUGCGCUCAAACAGCGGCAAAGAGCAACAACAUUAUGCAGACUUAGUUAGAGAGGCGCAGGACCAUGUGAGGGAGGCCAACAGAAAACUAAAAGAAGCUCGAAAGGAUGUAGCAGCUGCUAGAGAAGAGAAGGAUAUCCUGUCGACGGAGCAGCAGCAGCUGCUGCGCGAGAAGACAAAACUGGAGCUUGGCAUCAAAGAUCUCACCGAUGAUGUGGACGGAGACAACAAAUCCAAGGAAAGAGCGGAAGCAGAAUUGGAGAGAUUGAGACAACAGAUAGCGGAGAAGGAAAGAGAACUGGAAGAGUUGAAGCCGAAGUACGAGGAGAUGAAAGCUCGUGAGGAAGAGUGCACGCGGGCUCUGGCUCUCAACCAGCAGAAGAGACAGGAGCUGUACGCCAAGCAGGGCAGGGGAACGCAGUUUACCUCUAAACAGGAUAGGGAUAGAUGGAUAGAGAAGGAAUUAAAAUCCCUAAACAAGCAAAUAAAGGAUAAGAAAGACCAUGAGAAUAAACUUAAAGAAGAUUUACGUCGUGACGCAACAAAAUUGACAGAGUUACAGAAGAGAAUAGAAGAGACUACGAAGGAGAUGGAGAGACAAAGAAUAGCCAUUGAUGAGCACAACAAGCAGUACUACGAGUGCAAGAAGAGAAAGGAUCAAGAGCAAAGUACUAGAAAUGAACUUUGGCGUAAGGAAACGACAUUGACACAAAACUUGUCAUCGCUGAAAGAUGACUUAGCUAAAGCGGACCAAGCACUUAGAUCUAUGGCUGGAAAGCCUAUUUUAAACGGACGUGACAGUGUACGUAAAGUGUUAGAGACAUUCCAAGAGAGGGGAGGAGAGUGGGCAAAAAUAGCCACUCAGUACUACGGACCGGUUAUUGAAAACUUCACUUGUGAGAAAACUAUUUACACUGCGGUUGAGGUGACAGCAGGUAACAGACUAUUCCACCACAUUGUGGAGUCAGACACGGUGGGCACCAAGAUCCUGAAGGAGAUGAACCGGCAGAGUCUGCCCGGAGAGGUCACCUUCAUGCCGCUUAACAGACUUCAAGUGCGGGACAUGAUUUAUCCCAAUGACAAUAAUGCGAUCGCGAUGGUGCAGAAAUUAAAAUACGACCCGAAGUAUGCGAAGGCGAUGAAGUACAUAUUCGGGAAGACGCUCAUCUGCAGGAACCUGGAGUGUGCCACCGAGCUCGGCAAGCAGUUCCACCUCGACUGUGUCACCCUCGAGGGAGAUCAGGUGUCAUCAAAAGGUUCACUGACCGGUGGCUACUUCAACCAGUCCCGGUCUCGGCUGGAGAUGCAGAAGACGCGUUCAGAGCUGAUGGAACAGAUAGGUACCCUGGAGAGCGAGCUGAGUGCGCUGCGGCAGGAGCUCGCCAGCACCGAGACCACCAUCAAUACCAUAGUCUCCGAGAUGCAGAGGACGGAGACCAAGCAGGGGAAAGCCAAAGACAUCUUUGACAAAGUAAAGGCUGAUAUCCGCCUGAUGAAGGAAGAACUGGCGUCCAUCGAGCGGUUCCGUGGACCCAAGGAGCGCUCUCUGGCGCAGUGCCGCUCCAGUCUAGAAGCCAUGCAGGCCACUAAAGAGGGUCUGGAGUCUGAGCUGCAUCAGGAGUUGAUGGAGCAACUGUCGACAGCUGACCAGGGUAAGGUGGACGAGCUGAACGAUGCGAUACGUCGUCUCACGCAAGAGAACAAGGAGGCGUUCAGUCAGCGUAUGAACCUCGAGGCCAACAAGAACAAGCUCGAGAACUUGCUCACCAACAAUCUCAUCAGACGUAAAGAUGAGUUAGUGCAGGCGUUACAAGAGAUAUCUGUGGAAGAUCGCAAACGGAGGCUGGCUAACAGCAAGUCUGAUCUGGCGGCUGCUGAGAAGAGAAUAAGGCAGAUCAACAAAGAGAUGGAAGAAGUAGAACGUAAAGUCCAGGCGGCUGUGAAAAAUGAAAAGGCAUUGAAACUGGAACUUGAUAAAUGGAGGAAUAAAGAGAAGGAAGCACAAGACAAAAUGGAGGAGGACGCUAAGGGUCUGGAGAAGAUGGCCUCGAAGGAGGUGCUGCUGCAGGAGAAGAUCCAGGAGUCGCUGGACAAGAUCGCAGCACUUGGUACACUCUCCAACGCACCAGAACUACACGCCAAGUAUCAGAAGAUGUCACUCAAACAGUUAUUCAAAGAACUGGAGAAAGCGAACCAACAUCUGAAGAAAUACAAUCACGUGAACAAGAAGGCCUUGGACCAGUUCAUCAGUUUCUCUGAACAAAAGGAGAAGUUGUACAAGAGGAAGGAGGAGUUGGAUAUUGGUGGUGAGAAGAUCCGCGAACUGAUCGAGACACUGGAACACCGCAAGUUGGAGGCGAUCCAGUUCACAUUCAAGCAAGUCAGCAAGAAUUUCACUGAGGUGUUCAAGAAGUUGGUACCUCAUGGCCGAGGCUCCCUCAUCAUGCGCGUUGCCGCAGACGACGUUAGCGACGCACUCGCUGAGCGUGCCAACGCGGACCAGUUCACCGGUGUGGGCAUCAAGGUGUCAUUCACCGGCGGAGAGGGUGACAUGCGGGAGAUGAACCAGCUCUCUGGAGGUCAGAAGUCUCUGGUCGCACUCGCUCUCAUCUUCGCCAUACAGAAGUGUGAUCCCGCACCUUUCUAUCUAUUUGAUGAAAUCGAUCAGGCGUUGGACGCACAACAUCGUAAAGCGAUAGCAAACAUGAUCCACGAAUUGUCUGCGUCUGCGCAGUUCAUUACGACAACAUUCAGACCUGAGUUACUGGAACACGCUCACAAGUUCUACGGCGUCAAGUUUCGUAACAAAGUGUCUCAUGUUGAGUGUGUCACUCAGGAUGAGGCACGAGACUUUGUUGAGGACAGCGCUACACACGCGUAAUACUUAUGU